AAAUAUUAUGAAGUCAAGUCAUCGUAGAAACUUGCAGUCAACCGAUUAGAUGAUUUUGAUCGAGUGGAUCUGCUUUGAAUCUGGUAAUGAAUUUUCCUAUUGUUUUUCCUGAUAAUUCCUCCCAAAUUAUGUUAAUCAUCAUUUUAAUAUUCCACUAGCUUUUCCCUUCUGCUGAGUUUUCAGCAGAGAAUCGGAACCGGAACCUGAAACCGAUUCCAGUGAGACCCAAGUAGUAUCUGUAUCUCCAUCAUCUUCUUCAUAUGGAACCACCUUCAUCAUCUUCCUCCCCCAACCCCCAAACAGUUCCUUCAUCCUCUAACUGGGAACAUGAUGUCUUCCUCAGUUUCAGGGGCGAGGACACUCGCAAUAGUUUUACAGACCAUUUAUACUAUGCUAUGAGCCAGAGAGGAAUCGACACAUUUAGAGAUACUGAAAAGCUUCGGAGGGGGAAAUCCAUUUCACCAGAACUUCUGAAAGCAAUCGAAGAGUCCAAGUUUGCGGUUACAGUUCUUUCAACCAACUAUGCUACUUCAACUUGGUGUCUGGAUGAACUUGCCCAUAUUCUCGAUUGCAGGAAAGUAAGGGGACUCGAAGUUCUUCCGGUUUUUUAUCAUGUAGAACCAUCUGAGAUAAGGAAGCAAACUGGAAACUACGGCAAGGCGUUUGCCAAGCAUGAGACAGAUUUCAAGGAAAAUAUGAGAAAGGUGGACAAGUGGAGGAAAGCUUUAGAAGAUAUAGCCAGUCUCUCCGGAUGGCAUGUGACACAGGAUAGGGGAGAAUCGGAAGUUAUACAGGAAAUAGCUAAACAGAUUUCAAUAUGUUUGAACAACACAUUAUCCAAUCCUGACAGAGAUUUGAUUGGAAUGGAUGUGCGUAUAGAAAAGUUGGAGUCUUACUUGGAUCUAAGGUCGGAUGACGUUCUUAGCAUAGGGAUUUGGGGGAUGGGGGGCAUUGGUAAGACAACUCUGGCAAAAGAAGUUUUCAAAAAGAUUCGUAACCAAUUUGAUAGGAGCGGCUUUCUUUCCAAUGUUAGAUUGCAUUCUGAAGAAAGAGCUCUAGUUGAGUUGCAAAAACUUCUGUGUGGAUCCUCUUUCGAGGACAACAACAUAAAUAUAGACACUGUUGGAGUAGGGAUCAGGUUGUUAAAGAAAAGACUACUUAAGAAAAAGGUGCUUAUUGUUCUAGAUGAUGUUGAUGAAUUAAAACAACUGAAAGAUUUAGCACCUGGAAGGCAGAAUGAACAGUACUCUUGGGGCCGAGGGAGUAGACUCAUAAUAACAACUAGGGAUAGGCGUCCAUUGAUAGAAUGUGAAGUACAUAAAAUAUAUGAGGCUGAAAAACUUAGUGAUGAGGAAGCUUCUCAGCUCAUAUGUCAACAAGCCUUCAAGAAAAACUAUCCACCAGCUGAGUUUGUAGAGUUGUCCAAGAGUUUUGUAAAAUAUGCCGGUGGCCUUCCUCUAGCUCAUAAAGUUAAGGCUUCACAAUUGUGGGGAAGGGAGGUAGAUGAAUGGUCAGAGGUAUUAGAUAGACUGGACGAAGAUCUGGAUAAAGACAUUUUUAGUGUGCUUGAAAUAAGUUUUGAUGGAUUACAGGAUACAGAUAAGAAAAUCUUUUUGGACAUCGCAUGUUUCUUCAAUGGUGAGGAUCAUGUUCGUGUACAAAAGAUAUUGAAAAGUUGUGGUUUUUCUCCUCGAAUAGGCAUAACUAACCUCAUUGACAAAUCUCUGAUCAAAAUUGAAAGUGAAAAACUGUGGAUGCAUGAAUUACUACGGUGUUUGGGUUGGCAUAUUGUUCGCAGAGAAUCAAAACCUUUUCCGGGCAAACGUAGCAGAUUGUGGCUUGAUGAUAAUGCACACAAGUACAAAGGCAGAAGGCCAUGGCACUUUGAGGAUGCUCGUAAUGUACUCGCGAGUAAUACCGGAACAUCUGCUGUUGAAGGUUUAUUCUUAAGCUUGGGUGAAAAAGAAGAAAUGCGUUUGACCAAUGACCCAUUCUUAACUAUGACCAAACUAAGAUUGCUGAAGAUUUAUAAUGUAAAUUUUCUGGGUGGGCACUUUACAUAUCUCUCUGACGAUUUACGUUGUCUGGAAUGGCACGAAUGUCCUCUAAAGUCUCUGCCAUCUGGUUUUACGCCCUAUCAGCUGGUUGAAUUCAAGAUGCCUAACAGCUGCAUUGAACGACUGUGGAAGAAAACGCCUUCUAUGAGAAUGCUGACACUCAUGGAUCUUUCCAACUGCCAAUAUCUAGUCACGACCCCUGACUUCGGUGAGGUCCCAAAUCUUGAGAGAUUGAUCCUUGAAGGUUGUAAAGAGUUAUCCGCGGUUCACCCAACAAUUAGGGAUCUCCAGCAUCUGAUUUUAUUGAAUUUGAAAGGCUGUGCAAGUCUAAAGAGCCUUCCCCCAUCAAUCAGCUUGAGAUCUCUUCAAACUUUUAUUCUUUCGGGAUGUUCAAAACUGGAAGAGUUUCCGGAGAUUGUGGGAAACAUGCAAACUUUGUCAGAACUUUAUUUAGAUGGCACCGCUAUAAGGGAGGUGCCUGUAUCAAUCCAGAUUUUAACAGGCCUUGUUUUGCUAAAUCUAUGUGGCUGCAAGAACCUUCCGAGUCUUCCAAGCGCUCUUUGUAGAAGUUUGACAUCACUGAAAUUUCUUUAUCUGUCAUGGUGCUCUAGUUUGGACAAACUGCCAGAAAACAUAGGCUCCUUGGAACACUUGGUGGAGCUUGAUGCAUGUCAUACUGCUAUAAGAAAAGUGCCCGAGUCCAUUUCACUACUCAAGAAUCUUAAACUACUGUGUUUCCAUGGCUGCUCUGGAUACACAGGUCUAGAGAUGCCAAACAAGUUCUCAGGUCUAAGAUCUUUGACAACACUAAACCUAGGUGGAUGUAAUCUCCCAGAAGGAGCAAUCCCCAGUGACAUUGGCAAUUUGUUCUCACUGCAGAGUCUGGAUUUAAGUGAAAACAACUUUUUCACCAUACCUGAAAGCAUCUCUCAACUUUCUGAGCUUACAGAAAUUUUUCUGUUUAGGUGUAGCAAACUACAAUCGUUGCCAAAAGAUCUUCCAUCAAGACUAAGAACUAUAAAUUUACGGGACUGUCCUAUGCUGACAGAUUCUUCAUAUAAUUCGAUGAGAUAUCCACCUCGAAAGGGUUUAAGUACUAUCAUAAGUUGUCGAAAACGGGAGGAGGAUGAGCAGUUGCCAAUAUUGCUACCUGAACUCCAUGAGGUGUCUCUUUCUCUGCAGUUGCCAAUGCUACCUGAACUCCAUGAGUUUCGUUUGGGAAAUCUGGAAAAACUCGAUCUUUCCUACUGCCAACACUUGAAGAAGAUCCCUGACUUGAAUGGGGUUCCAAACCUUAAGAAAUUGAUCCUUGAAGGUUGUGAAAAAUUAUCAGAGGUUCACCCAACAUUUGGGAGUCUCCAACAUCUGAUUUUUUUGAAUAUGAAAGGAUGUGUAGAUCUAAAGAGCCUUCCCCGCUUCAUCUGCAUGAAAUAUCUUGAAAUUUGUAUUCUUUCAGGAUGUUCAAAGCUUAAAGAGUUUCCGGAGAUUAAUGGAGAUAUGGAUAAAUUGUCACUACUGCAUUUAGAUGGGACGGCUUUAGAGAAUCUGCUGAUACCAAUGCAGCAUUUGAAAUGCCCUAUUGUGAUAAAUCUAAGAGGUUGCAAGAACCUAUUGACUAUUCCAAUCCUUUUGAGUCUGAAAGCUCUCAAUCUGUCAGGUUGCUCUCGUAUAUCCAGAUUUCCAAAUAACUUGGGAAGCAUGGCACAUUUGGAGGAGCUUGAUGCCUCUGAAACUGCUAUAACACGAGUACCCCAGUCCAUUUCAUUUAUGGAGAAGCUUAAAGUGUUGUCUUUCUGUGGAUGUAAAGGUUUGCAGUUGCCUAACCGGUUCUCACAAUUAAGCUUUUUGACAUCAUUAAAUCUACAGAGGUGUGGUAUAGCAGAAAUAACAGUCCUUGCUAGCCUCUGUGGCUUAUCCUCACUGCAAAAGUUGGAUUUGAGUGGAAACAAAUUUGUGAGUAUACCUAGUGAAAUUAGUCGCUUAUCCUCUUUGAAGCGAUUGAAUUUGAGUAGGAAUGACUUGGUGAGUAUACCAGAUGCAAUUGGUGGCUUAUCCUCUUUGCAACGAUUGAAUUUGAGUACGAACGACUUGGUGAGUAUACCAGAUGCAAUUGAUCGACUUUCCUCUUUGCAGCAAUUGGAUUUGAGUACGAACGACUUAGUGAGUAUACCAGAUGCAAUUGGUGGCUUAUCCUCUUUGCAGCUAUUGAGUUUGAGUACGAACGACUUGGUGAGCAUACCAGAUGCAAUUGGUGGCUUAUCCUCUUUGCAGCGAUUGAAUUUGAGUACGAACGACUUGGUGAGUAUACCAGAUGCAAUUGGUCGACUUUCCUCUUUGCAGCGAUUGGAUUUGAGUAUGAAUGACUUGGUGAGUAUACCAGAUGCAACUGGUGGCUUAUCCUCUUUGCAGCGAUUGGAUUUGAGUAUGAACGACUUGGUGAGUAUACCAGAUGCAACUGGUGGCUUAUCCUCUUUGCAGCGAUUGGAUUUGAGUAUGAACGACUUGGUGAGUAUACCAGAUGCAAUUGGUGGCUUAUCCUCUUUGCAGCGAUUGGAUUUGAGUACGAACGACUUGGUGAGUAUACCAGAUGCAAUUGGUCGACUUUCCUCUUUGCAGCGAUUGGAUUUGAGUACGAACGACUUGGUGAGUAUACCAAAUGCAAUUGGUCGACUUUCCUCUUUGCAGCGAUUGGAUUUGAGUAUGAACGACUUGGUGAGUAUACCAGAUGCAAUUGGUGGCUUAUCCUGUUUGCAGCGAUUGGAUUUGAGUGCGAACGACUUGGUGAGUAUACCAGAUGCAAUUGGUCGACUCUCCUCGUUGGAGCGAUUGGAUUUGAGUAGGAACAAGCUGGUGAGCAUACCAGAUGCAAUCGGUCUCUUAACAUCCUUGAAGCAUUUAGAUUGGAGUGAAAACAACUCUGUGAGUAACUGAGUAUACCUAAGAUCAUCUCUUGGCUUACCUCUGAUACAACAACUGGUAAUCGGAGUUUUGGAGUGAAAAUGGUUGAAUUUGGAGUAAUUUUGAUGAGCAUUUCCAGAAAAAAAAUAAAAUGAAGUCAACGUCAACAUUCAGUGAAAAGUACAAUUUGCGGAGCUAGAGAGAAGGAAAUCAAGGACGGAAAGAGGCAAUGAGGAUCAUCUAAGGCAAGCUUAUACUUGCCUAGUCUGAUCCAGUUAUAGGGUUCUUCACUAUUAUUCUCUUCUCUCAUGUUAUUUAAUGUUCAUGUUAUGGAUGUUUCUAUGUUGAUGGGUAGUGUGAGUAGUUCUGUAUUUGAGGGCUAGGAUUGAUGGGUAGUGUGAGUAGUUCUGUAUUUGAGGUCUAGGAUUCAUACCUAUGUAUCCCAAUAAUAAUGAUCUAGACCUAAUUUUGAUGAUUGAUGAAUGAAAUUUUCUCAUUAAGUA